GGGGAGGAGGUGCUGGGCGGCGCCGGUCGAUGACGUCGUGGGGGCGCGGUCCGAUGGCGUGGCGGGUCGGGGCGAUGCGGGCGGCGGCGGCGGCGGCGGCGGCGGCGUGGGGGGGGCUGCGGGGCGGCCUCCGUCCGGGGGUCUGUCCGGGGGUCUGUCCGGGGGUCUCCCCGUGGCCGUGCCCGUCCCGCGGCUUCGCGUGGGAGGCGUCCCGGGCGCGCGGGGGCGUUCCGGGGGAGGAGCGGGUCCCGCUGAGCUUGGAGGUGCGGCGGCGCGUGGAGCGCCUGGCGCUGCUGCCCCCCAGCGACGGGUUGGGGCUGCGGCGUCUGGAGGCCUCGGUCCGCGCCGCGCGCCGCCUCCGCCGCCUGCCCACCCACGGGGUGCCGCCCAUGGACUCCCUGCUCGAGGACAGGGUUGAUGGCAUCAUCACCAUGAAGUAUUUAAAAAUCAACCAUUGUAGAGGUGCCAGACAGCUCUGGACAAAGUGCCUGUACCUAAGAGCCGACGAAGUGGCAGAAGGCAACUGUGCUGAAGAGCUGCUGCAAAACGCCAGCCGGACCGUCGAAGAAUAUUUUGUAGCCCCACCAGGUAACAUAUCUAUGGAAGACGAAUGAGCAAGAGCCUCUGGUACGGACGUAGCGCCGACACUUUGGAAAGGACCGUAAUGGAAGCGUGAAGGCCCAUGGAUGAUGCUCUGCCCUGUGACAUUAAAGGGUAUUUGUGCUAUUGAA